UCAUAGAAGCGCCGCACUCGUCAGUCACGGUGCGCUGAGAAGGCAACGCUGUAUUCAUUUACAUCCGUCUAUGAUCGAUCAAUUAAUGCAUGCACGGAAAUUACACAUUCAAUUGAAGAAUCGAUUUGUUGUCAUGUCACCAUGAGAGCUACGUACGAAUGUAAAUCUACUAAAUAAAUACACUACGUGAACGCUGCCAAAUAGGCGGGACUUCCUUCCGGCUGUCAGUCGAGUUUGGCUGUUUAUCGCAGUGCGCACACAUCAACUGUGCAACGAUCAGAUAGGUUUCUACACAUGAUGCUGGGUCAUCUGAUGUGUGGAGGUCCGGGCCUUCUGGCCCUCUUGUGGACCUUCAUACCGCCUUUAGUUUCCCCCCAAGGCUUAACAGAGCGCCCCAAACUGCUCCUGGUGUCCUUCGACGGUUUUCGCUGGGACUACGUGAACCGCGUCCCCACGCCAAACUUCCACGUCCUUAUGCAGGAAGGCGUGACGGUGGAGCAAGUGAAGAACGUGUACAUCACAAAGACCUUACCCAACCACUACAGCUUGGUGACGGGCCUCUAUGCCGAGACGCACGGCAUCGUCGCUAACGACAUGUUUGACCCGGUCCUCAACCGCUCCUUCUCCAUGGAGACAGAGAGCCUCUACGAGUCCCAGUGGUGGGAGCAGGCGGUGCCCCUGUGGGUUACCAUCCAGAAAUCCGGCGGGCGAAGCGGCGCCGCUAUGUGGCCCGGUUCCGACGUGAAGAUCCACGGAAUAUUCCCUACUCGCUACCUCCCAUACAACGCCUCAGUCGCCUUUGAGACUCGGGUGGAGCACCUAAUUAAAUGGUUCUCUGCACCUGACCAGGAGGCUGUGGAUUUCGGGAUCCUGUACUGGGAAGAACCGGAUGAGAGUGGACACGAUUUUGGGCCAGAAAGCUCCCAGAUGGACGGCGUCAUCGCCGACGUGGAUGAGAAACUGGGCUUCCUGCUCAACGAGCUGAAGAAGGCGGGCCUGUAUAAGAAGGUCAACCUGGUAGUGACCAGCGACCACGGCAUGACUCAGCUCUUCCCCAAUAAGAUCAUCGAACUGGACGAGUACGUGAGCAGAGACCUUUACACCUUGGUGGACAAGAGUCCCGUAGUGGCGAUACUGCCCAAAGAAGGGAAGCUGGAUGAGGUGUACAACAAGUUGUCCGAUGCCAACCCCUACAUGGCGGUCUACCGUAAGGACGCCAUCCCCGAGCGACUGCACUACCGCCACAACGUCAGGAUCAUGCCCAUCCUGUUGGAGGCUCGUGAGGGAUGGACCAUCGUCCAGAACAGGAGCACACCGCUCAUGUUGGGAAAUCACGGCUAUGACAACACUCUGCGCAGCAUGCAGCCCAUCUUCUUCGCCCGCGGUCCGGCCUUCCGCCAGAACUACGUGAAGCCCACCAUGCUCUCUGUGGACCUGUACCCCCUGAUGUGCCACAUCCUGGCCAUCCCACCUCUGCCCAACAACGGCUCCCUCUCGGACGUUCGGGACCUGCUGCACCCGGAGCCCACGGCGUCCCCGCCUGGUGUCCCCACCCCUGCGGGGACGGCGCGGCCCACCUCCUUCCCCGUAUUGUUGGGGUCCCUCCUGGGGGUGCUGCUGGUUGCGGGCUUCCUGAUUGUGUUUGUUCAGCAGCUGACGCUCAUGCAGCUGCCCUUGCUCAAGCAAGGCAGCAGGGAGAUGUCGCAGCCUUUACUGCAAGAGGAGUUGCACCUGUAGCCGGAAGCAGCUGGACUCGUACCCCAUCCUGGAGGAGGUCCAAUCAGGAGCAGGUGGGGACUCUGGUCCAGUGUGGAUGCUUUUGGUGGUAGAACUUCAAAACCUUAGUGUGAAGCUUUUUAGUGGCUUUCUUUGUGACUCGGGCUUCAAAUGGGUGGAAACGUAUUUCAAUUGGAACUUGGUACUUUAAAAGGGUAAACGUGUCAAAGAAUUUGAGACAAUCUCUCACAAAAGCGAGGUAUGGCAACAUGCCCUGGAAAGAUGUUACCCUCCUAUAGAAAGCCGUUUUGAGUUAUUUCCUUUGUCGAUCAUCUCAGUCGCUGUUCUCAAGUCUAUACGUGUGGUCGGUUCUUUUUAAUCUUUCUAUGUUGGUGGAAUGUGAAGUGCAGUUUUGCCAUUGUGAGUAUUUCCUCUCUUUGGAGUUUGUUUUUUUCCUCGUUGCUUCGGGCCAGAACUGUUCCUGCGAUUUGCACUACAUGACCGACAGGGGGCAGUAGACAGUAGGGUAUGUAUACGUUACAUGUAGUGGGGGGGGGGGAAUAAAAAUUAGGUGCCUCUCGCCAAAAAGCUUUUAAAACAGCUUGGUCACUAAAGUGUUAGAAAGUUAGAGUAUUUUUUCUGUCUUUAUGGCUUUUAGAUUAGAGCAUUUACCCAAGUCCCCCCCAAAUGACACUGUGAUGUAUUGUUUUUCAUUUUCUAUGAUACAUUUUCAAACGGAAAGAGGGAAAAGUGUCUUGCUGACAGAUGAAUGAGAGAAACACCCACACA